AAGACUUCAAUAAAAGACCAGAAAGGUCAAGUCUGGUGGUUUUUGAAGCACUUCAAGCUGUUAGCUGACUGUCUAGCUGUGAGGACAGUACACCAACUACUGUUCUAAUCUGAUUUAAUCUCCAAUGUUCUGAUCCAGUCUAAUCUGAUCUAAACUGAGCUAAAUAUUAUAAUCUGCUCUAAUUUAAUUGUAUGAAAUCAUAGCUGAUCUAAUAAUUAAUAUCUGUAAUAAAUGUUUAAUAAUCCACUAAAUUCAAGAAAAUCUACUUUUCUCUUUGUCUUUUCUUCUUUAUUCAGGUUGGAGAAGUGCAGUUUGUCAGAGAUCAGCUGUUCUUCUCUGGUCUCAGCUCUGAAGUCCAACCCCUCCCAUCUGAGGAAACUGGACCUGAGCUACAACAACCUUCAUGAUUCAGGAGUGGAGGUUCUGUGUGGUUUUCUUCAGAGUCCACUCUGUGAACUGGAGUCUCUGUGGUUGGAGAAGUGCAGUUUGUCAGAGAUCAGCUGUUCUUCUCUGGUCUCAGCUCUGAAGUCCAACCCCUCCCAUCUGAGGAAACUGGACCUGAGUGAAAACAACCUUCCUCAUUCAUCAGUGAAGGUUCUGUCUGAUCUAGUGGAGAGUCCAAACUACAGACUGGAGGAUCUGAAGUGGAGGUCCUGAACCUGAUGGAGAUCAUGUUGUCAAUGCAGUGGAGCCAGAAACAAGAAGGAACCUUCAGAGCUUCAGGAAUGUUCUCUGUGUGAGCAUGUAUAACCCACCAAAGACUCAGUCAGUCAAACCAUGUGACCUGAUAAGAACCAAUCACCGUUCUCAGCCUAAUAUUCAGACAUGAUUUUUGGAGCCUAGAGAGGAGAGCAGUGAGGCAGGAUUUCUGAGAAACAGCCUCCCUCCCUCCUCUGUCGCGCUGUAACCCCCCCGCCCCCAUCCUCCCGCCCCACUCCCACAUGUGCAGAUGUUCUCGUCCGUUUAUAAUGUCUUUGAGUGUGCUUUGUGCUGAGAGGUUUUUUUCUAAAUCCCACACUGCGCCCCCCCCCCCCGGGGCCUAGUUUGGGGUUGACUUUUUUCCCUCCUUCCCUAUCGUUUUUCAGUUGUUUUUCAUCUUGGUCACUGAGAGUGGACGCUGGCAUGUACAGUAUGUUGCUGCUGCUCUCCGGGCGUAUGUGUUGUUUGUUCUGUUUUUUGUUUGUUUUAUGUACAGUGUCCUUGGGCUCAUUUUAAUAGUUGGUCUUUUUUAUCCUGGGGUAGUAGAAAGUCAAGGUUAAUUUCGUCCAGCAGGGGGAGCUUGUCUGUGACCACUGCUGUCUGUCAGUCCGGUCCCAUUCCUGAUGUGAGAUUCUGAGGCCGUCCUCUUCUUCACAUCUGUCCUUAAUAUCCAGAGUUUGUCUGUAUUGAUGGAGAGACAGAUGUUAUUACAAUGUCUAUUAUUGCAUUUUGAAUUCUAUUUACUAAUGAAUCGUGCGUGAUCUUUGAAGCUUCAGCCACUUGUUUCCUUUGCUCGGCCUCUCAUGUCCGGAUAUGAACGUACAAGUCAAACCUGGUCUUUACUCUAAGGUGAUUCUACAGUUGUGACGCUCUGGUGGGCCACGUAACGUGGCUUGACGGGCUGGAGCCGGCCCACAGGCCUUACAUUUGACAUGUAUAAUAGUACAGAAAUCCUGUGACCUGAACAGAGACUUUUGAAGAAAAUAAAUGUUGAAGCUUCUGAUGA